AUGGGACGAAGCAAUGACUCACUGCCGGCUCUCGAGUUUGCUCCCCCUCAUUCUCUUAGGGGCAAGGUCCCUUUAGCGAAAAUUAAGACAACGCCUCACCCAUAUCUACCCCUACCGCCGACACCCGCAGCCCAUGAGCCCACGUCCGAUUGUAACUCCACGGUCGUCAUCUGCAAGCCGCCAUCAAAGAAUGGCAGCCAGACUGCACUGGGACACGAGACGGUGGUGUCCCCAUGGGCCCCGUCCGUAAUGUCGUCUUCGUCUCCAUCGACGGAUUUAAGCGGCACAUUUUCCCCGAUCCCGGAUGACACCACCACCACCACCAAGACCUCUGUCGAUUCAAGGAUCUUUCCCUCGAGUCCAGAAAGAACUGCAUCUUCGGAGAAAGCCAAGUCUAUUGCCCGCAAAACGACCGGGGCUUCUACCUCUGAACUGAGCGGUUUAGGCACGAUCCAAGAAUCACCCGUGAAUCGAGUAAGACCCACAAUUGAGACAGUAGAGCGGGCAUCUGCAGCCAAGGUUUACUUGGAGACAUACUUCCACGAGCUUUUGUCCCGCCCUACGCUCCGGGAACUCUGCCGUCAGCACCUAGAGUCAAAUCUGGUGCAGUCAGAUAUGCAUCUAGAACAGAAAGAGAACCUACGGAAGGCCUUCAAUUCGCAGUGGACUUGGCACCUGCGGGAGCUCAGAUCACUCAAGACAAAAAGCGAGAGGUCCGCCGGAGGACAGCUCUCCGGUUCCUGUGUUGACGACUUCGAGACGCUGAAGCUGCUUGGAAAGGGAAGCUUUGGCGUUGUGAAACUCGUGAGUGAGAAGCCAAAACCAGAGAAUUCAUUCCGCAAGCAGGUAUAUGCCAUGAAGGUCAUUCGAAAGUCGGACAUGAUCAGAAGCUCUCAGGAAGGCCACCUCCGCGCUGAAAGGGAUCUACUCGUCAUGGCGGAAGGAUCCAAUUGGAUUGUUCCAUUGUUCGCAAGUUUCCAGGACGAAAAGAACCUUUACCUUGUCAUGGACUAUAUGCCUGGAGGAGACUUCUUGUGUCUUUUGAUACGGGAGAACGUCCUGCCGGAAAGCGUGACUCGGUUUUACAUCGCCGAAAUGAUAUUAUGCGUUGAGGAAGCCCACCGCCUUGGAUGUAUCCACAGAGAUGUCAAGCCAGACAACUUCUUGAUCUCCUCUUCGGGCCACUUGAAGAUAUCCGAUUUUGGGCUGGCAUUUGAUGGCCACUGGUCUCAUGAUACGGGAUACUACAGCUUCCAACGGUACUCUCUUCUACGACAGCUGGGCAUUGCUAUCGACGGCGAUGACUCUGACAAGGCCGAUAAGUUCGCCUUGCAGAAGCAGCUUAGAUUCGCCGGCCGUGGAAAGUAUGACAGAGAACGUUAUGGUGACUAUGAGCCGUUACUCUCCUGGAGAGAGAGGUGCGGAAACCGAGUAGCCGCAAACUCCGUUGUCGGAACGAGGCAAUACAUGGCACCGGAAGUGCUUCGUGGUACAGGUUAUGACGGCCGGCUUAUCCAAGAGCCUCAAACGCGGCUCUCAUCCUAUCGUUACCGCCGCAAAGACGAAAGGAUUCCCAUCCCUAGGCUAGUGGGCACGCCAUACGUUUUUGCUGGUGAUGGUGAGGAUAUCAAAGCCCACAGAUGGUUUCGUAACAUACCUUGGCACCGUCUUCACCUCGAGACUCCUCCGUUCAUCCCCCAAACCCGCACCAUUGACGACACGCGAUACUUUGAGGAUGAUGGGCGCAUCAGUGACUGGUCAUCUACAGUUGCCAGCAGUAAUAAGGAACCGCCUAUCGGUCUGGCAGAAGUCCAAGCCCUCCUACCAGGUAUGCGCGAGCAGGUCCAUGCCUUCGCUGCAAAGCUCGUCGGCUCGCCUUACGAUCCUCGCACUAUCGACAAAAAGAUGGAUGAGGAGAAGGGCCUAUUCUCACGCGAGAGAGAAGUGCUGAAGCAAUUUGUGCAUGUGUACGGGCGAAAGGACAAGAAAAGACCGCGGGAUCCGCUCAUGAGGGACCCCAAAACCAAGCAUGCGGUACUCGCUCAUCGCAGGCAAACUGCAUUUCUCGGAUAUUCGUGGAGGCGAAGGCGAGCUUACGGCUACAACUUUGCAUAUAAGAGCGACAUGGCGACAGCCAGGCGUUUCGCGGGCGGGGGGAGGACAGACGGAGAGCGAGUCUCCGCUCGUGAGCCGAUGCAGAACGGUGUGGCAGGAUGUCGGUGUGAAGAGAAUCCUACACCUCUGACGAGGGAUGGCCACGUCGGGGGAUGA